AUGAGUGAUUUUCUUCUACCUCACUUUCUUCUAUCUCACUUUCUCCCUGUCCUCCUCCUCCCUCUGCAUUCUAUUACUCAUUCCUCUCACUUCUUUUCUGCCUUUUCAUCAACCUCUUAUUUUUAUCCUGUCCUCACCCUUUCCUCUCCUCCUUUUUUCUUCCCCUUUCCUUUUCUCCUUUUUUCUUCCCCUCCUUUUUUCUUCCCCUUUCCUUUCCUCCUUUUUUCUUCCCCUGUCCUCUCCUCUUUUUUUCCUCUCCUCCUUUUUUCUCCCCCCUCCUUUUUCUUCCCCUUUCCUCUUUUCCUUUUUUUUCUUCCCCUUUCCUCUUUUCCUUUUUUCUUUCCCUUUCCUCUUUUCCUUUUUCUCCCCUCCUUUUUCUUCCCCUUUCCUCUCCUCCUUUUUUCUUCCCCUUUCCUUUUCUCCUUUUUCUUCCCUUCUUUUUCUUCCCCUUUCCUUUCCUCCUUUUUUCUUCCCCUGUCCUCUCUCUUUUUUCCUCUCCUCCUUUUUCUCCCCCUCCUUUUUCUUCCCCUUUCCUCUUUUCCUUUUUUCUUCCCCCUUUCCUCUUUUCCUUUUCUCCCCUCCUUUUUUUCCCCCCUUUCCCUCUCCUCCUUUUUUCUUCCCCUUUCCUCUCCUCCUUUUUUCUUCCCCUCCUUUUUUCUUCCCCUCCUUUUUUUCCCUUUCCUCUCCUCCUUUUUUCUCCCCUCCUUUUUCUUUCCCUUUCCUUUCCUCCUUUUUUCUUCCCCGUCCUCUCCUCCUUUUUUCCUCUUUUCCUUUUUUCUUCCCCUUUCCUCUUUUCCUUUUUUCUUCCCCUUUCCUCUUUUCCUUUUUUCUUCCCCUUCUUCCUUCCUCCCUCUGCUCUCUUUUUCUUUUUACCCCAUUCUUGUCCCACUUGUCCCCUCAUCCCUCUUGUCCCUUUUAUUAAUUCUUUCCUCCUUUCUUUUCCUUUUUCUAUUUCUCUGA